AUGGCUGCAGAGCUCUUCCCCACCAAGAAGCUGCUCCCCUCCUCCUCUUCCUCCUCUUCCUCCUCUUCCUCAGCGAGCAGCACCGCGUCCAUCCAGCAGUACCAGCAGAACCUCACCAACAACAACACCGCCGCCUCCGCACAGGGCGGCUGCAACUGGCAGGGCCUGUACCCGACCAUCCGAGAGAGGAAUUCAGUCAUGUUCAACAAUGAGAUGAUGGCAGACGUUCACUUCGUGGUCGGGCCGCCUGGCGGGACGCAGCGAGUGCCGGGACACAAGUACGUCCUCGCCGUCGGCAGCUCCGUGUUCCACGCCAUGUUUUAUGGAGAACUGGCCGAGGACCAGGAGGAGAUCCGGAUCCCCGACGUGGAGCCUCCGUCGUUCCUCGCCAUGUUGAAGUACAUCUACUGCGAUGAGAUCGACCUGUGCGCCGACACGGUGCUCGCCACGCUCUACGCCGCCAAAAAGUACAUCGUGCCUCACCUGGCCCGGGCCUGCGUCAACUUCCUGGAGACGAGCCUGAGCGCCAAGAACGCCUGCGUGCUGCUGUCCCAGAGCUGCCUGUUCGAGGAGCCGGACCUGACGCAGCGCUGCUGGGAGGUGAUCGACGCUCAGGCCGAGCUCGCGCUGCGCUCCGAGGGCUUCUGCGACAUCGACACGCAGACGCUGGAGAGCAUCCUGCGGCGGGAGACGCUCAACGCCAAAGAGAUGGUCGUGUUCGAGGCGGCGCUGAACUGGGCCGAGGCCGAGUGUCAGCGGCAAGACCUGAACCCGACCAUCGAGAACCGGCGCCUGGUGCUGGGGAAGGCCAUCUACCUGAUCCGCGUCCCCACCAUGGCGCUGGAGGACUUCGCCAACGGAGCGGCGCAGUCCGGCGUGCUCACGCUCAACGAGACCAACGACAUCUUCCUGUGGUACACCGCCGCCAACAAGCCCGACCUGCUCUUCUGCACCAAACCCCGGAAAGGCCUGGCGCCGCAGCGCUGCCACCGCUUCCAGUCCUGCGCCUACCGGAGCAACCAGUGGCGGUACCGCGGCCGCUGCGACAGCAUCCAGUUCGCCGUGGACAAACGCGUCUUCAUCGCCGGCUUCGGUCUGUACGGGUCCAGCUGCGGCUCGGCAGAGUACAGCGCCAAGAUCGAGCUGAAGCGCCAGGGCGUGCCGAUGGCCCAGAGGAUCAUCAAGUACUUCUCAGACGGUUCCAGCAGCACGUUCCCCGUGUGGUUCGACUACCCGGUCCAGAUCGAGCCCGACACCUUCUACACCGCCAGCGUGGUUCUGGACGGCAACGAGCUCAGCUACUUCGGCCAGGAGGGGAUGACAGAGGUGCAGUGUGGGAAAGUGACCUUCCAGUUCCAGUGCUCCUCGGACAGCACCAACGGCACCGGGGUGCAGGGGGGCCAGAUCCCAGAACUCAUCUUCUACGCCUGAGCCGGGCCCGGGGGGACGCCAUGCCACAGAGAUUCCUGCUUCACUGCCAUGUAGACUUUUAUUUUGAAAGUGUGGAGACGAGUUCUCAGGAAGCGGUUUGAGAACUCGAUGAAGAAUUUCUGGAUUAAUGGAUGAAAUCUGUUUCUAAUCCAGAUUCACAUGAAGCACUAACAGGAGGAGUCCUAAAGACACACACACUACACACACACACUACACACACACA